UGAGCCAAGCUACAAUUCAUACAACAAGAAAUCAGCACCUACAAAAGAACGCUAUGAACCAAGCUAUAACCCACCAAGCUACAAUGAACCACAGCCAAGUUACAACAAGCCUGCAAGUUACGACAAACCAAGAAAAUCAACCUCAUACAAUUCACCAAGAAAAUCUGCCAAAUCAUUCGACGUCGACUCGUACGAGCCCUGCGAUGGUAAAAAUGACGGCGACUAUGUCCUCUCUGCCGUAUUCCGCAAGAAAUUCCCAGACGUAAGCCCCGAGUGUGCCUUCGUCAAGUGUGCCAAUUACAGAACAUGGUUAACUCCAUGUGGCUACGGGACUAAAAACAACAAGUACGGCAAAGGCUACUGUAGACAUCUCGAUCUUCUUGGCAAAUGCGGCAAACCCCCAACUAAAAAAUCUAAGAAGUCCCGUUACGUCCGAAAGAGCGCCGACUACCUUAAUGGCGGCGAGGGUGGAUACCUAAAUGACGAGGAGAGUUAUGACAGCGUCAGUCCAGAUGAGACUGAGGAGGUCGUACGUACACCAAAGAGUCUUUAUAGCUCAUAUGACGAGGUCACAAUAUAAGAUACGCUGAUCUGAGACCGAUCAACAGCAUGAGUACUGCCAUCUAUAGUACUGGACGAACACUGCCACACAACAUAUCAUUUUGUAUAUUAUCAACUCACGUGAAUUAUAAAUGGACAAUAAUGGUUUGAAAUUUAGCAUAUAAGGAAUGAUGUAUUAUUGUUGACAGCUGAGGAAAACUCAAUAUUAAUAUUUCUAUCAUACCUUAGAAAAAUAAAUUUUCUGUGGGAUUCAAAUGAAUA